AUCUCCCAAGUCCUUUUCCCCAAUACCCCUUCCUCUCCUCCUCACCCAAUCACUAUUUUCUUAGGGUGUAUCGGACCAUAGAGCAGAAUACUUAUAACAGUAUCUUCCACUUACCGGACUCUCUGCCCUUGAUUAGCCUCCUUCUGUAGAUUUCACACUUUGUUUCGAAAGGAGCGGUCAUUCGCUUUAAUCUAUCGGAUCAGUAGUGCCAUCUCCGAACACGUUUCUUUCAGGAAGGCCAACGUUUCAGAUGGAAUCUCGCAUUUGUGUGAGUGCAUGUGCCAGAGUUUAAAAAUGGCGGCUCCCAUUAAGAAACGUGCUGUUAAUCCUCUUGAUAAUAAUCCUUUGCAGAAAAAAGAUGAAUCUGGAAGUAGCCACGACGAAGGUUCCGAUGGAGAAGAUCUCGAAGGUCAACCGAUCCAAGAGCAUAUACAAGUUGAUUUUGAAGGAAGAAAUCCAUGCGAUUCGGAUUUUCAUGGGAUAAAACAGCUCCUCCAACAAUUGUUUUUGAAGGCGCAUGUGGAUUUAUCACAGUUGACAGACCUUAUCAUUGGUCAAAACUACGUUGGAAGUGUUGUGAAGCAAAGUGCCAAUGAUGAAGAUGAUGACGACGAUGAUGAGAGUGAUGCUAAUGAUGUGUUCGGGAUCACAUCAGUAAUUAAUCUCACUGAUAAACAGAAUUUAGAAUGUGUUCAACAGCUGCGCACAUUGUUGGUUGAAUUAUGUGAUGAACAUGGUUCAGAUCAAGCAAUUACAUUUGUGAGAACCUUACUAGGUGAUGAUGCUAGACCUGUUGGGCUUAUAAUUAAUGAACGUUUUGUAAAUAUACCAGUUCAGAUUGCUGUUCCUCUUCUUGACAGCUUGAGCAAAGAAAUAAAACGAGCUAAGGAGAAGAAGAUGCCAUUCAAUUUUAGUUACUUCAUUGUAAUUUGUAAAUUAUAUAAAAUGGAAGGUACUACAAAAAGAAACAAGAAAAAGAAUAAAAAACUUCAAUCGUCCUCAGAAGAACUUGAAAUACUGUGGUCAAAUCCUGAAGAGGAACUUAUUGCUAAGGAGGCAGAGUGCUUCUUUGAAUUCAGUGUGAAGAAAGAAUCUGAUUCUGGCCUUAGUGGUCAGUGGCUGGAAGAUGACGAAGAGAUGACUCCGUACAGAAGGGUACUUUUGGUUCCUGCCAAUAAACUUGAUGGUAUUAUUGAACAAGUGAAAAAAUUUGUCGCUUAGCUUAUCUGUAUGCUGCAGAAAAAAACUUAAAUUUUUAUCCAUAUCAUAUAUAGCGAAAAUUUUAUGUCAUAUUUACUCACUUUUUCUGUUAUAAUUCUACAGACUUAAAAGAAGUAGUAGAAAAUGAAGUAAUAUUUUUGUUAGCUCUUUAUUUGUUGGGUGCGAAAUAGGAUUGCCCUGUUAACAUGAAAUUGAUCAUGUUUUAAUUUGUACAUUUUGCAAACAGGCCAUUUAUUGUUCAUAUGCAAAUUUUCUUGAGUAUUGUAUCCUGAAUUUUUGAAAUAUAUUAUAGUCUCUCAACUUUUGUGUAUAAUUUGUGCACAAUGCUUAAUCAAGUAAUAUGACACUAUAGACAAAACAUUGUAAGUAGUCAUGUAAUUAUCGUGUAAUAUGCAUGCAGUAAUGCAAUUUGAGGUAAAGUAUUAUUCUAAAUAAAAUGAUAUGCAUGAAUGGGGAUUGACAGGUUUACCAAUCCAUUUUGAAAAGAAAUAAAAAAUACUUUUGUUCUAAAUACAUUCUCAAUGUCAUUAAUUUUUUUAUUACCAUCAUUGCAAAGAAAGUUUCCUAGUUUAACAACUAGUUUUUUUUUGUUGUGACAUUCAGUUGGUAAUUAUGUAAGUUUUGUGAAAAUAUUAGAAGCAAAAUAAAAGAAAUUUCUUUGAAUGAUUGUGUGAGUAAAUAUGAUAUUUAAUAUAGAUGUCUGCUUUCAAUACUACACCAUUCGUUAAUAAGAAUGGGUGCUUGUACUGUAAGUGUGUUAUUGAAGCAUAAUGUCUCCGUCAUUUUCAUGGGAUUGCAUGAAUAACUGCUCAGUGUUUCUCAUGCACAGCUUCAAAAUUCAUUAUGACUAUGAUACAUGAUUCAUUAGUAAAUGAAGGAACAGACGGUGUUUUCUCUUAGCAAUUGUCAUUUAUUCUUUAAGCUGUUGACUUAUGCUGAUAUGACACUAGAUUUUUGUUUUGUAAAGUUUGUAUAUGACUUACAAGAAUGAACAUUUGUGUAGUAUCCAAGAAAUGUUUCAAAAACAUUUGGUAGAGCUGUGCUGGGAAGUAAAUGACUACUGAAUUUUUCAACAUAAAUUUGUAAGGAUUUUCUACUGUGCUGAAUUAUUUUGUGAUACAUUAGUGAUUUUGUAAGUUGUAAGUCAAAUGCAUGAAUGUUUGUCAUUGAUUGGACCUCUGGUGCUUAAUGAAGUUUUAUAAUAGUGUUUUGUAUCCUGAAUAAAGACAAUAUUGAAUGCAUUUUCUGAA